AUGCACAUCUCCGCUACCCUUCUACUUCUCCCCUUAGUGUUGGCCCAUCAAGGAGCACCACCCGCUCAUCCUCAUAGGAGACAUCAUGCACGAGCGGUCGUAGAUGCCAAUCGACCGGUCCCGAGAGCAGGCGGCGUCAUCGAUAAUGGUACUUUAGCUUCGAUCUCCCAGCACAACGCUGAAGCUUCAGCGACCCAAACCAACCUCGCUACUUCUGCCACUGCCUCUGCAGCCCAAGAUGACGAUGAUGCCAUCACUAGUGCAGUGACCAGCGCAUCAAACAGUGGGAAAUUCGGUGAUGGUCUACCUUCAACCACACUUUCUUCGAGUACUGCUACUUCUUCCGCUGCUUCAACGUCGACAGAAGAUCUCGCAACCUCUAGUGUGACUUCAGAUACAAUCUCCUCAACUCUUUCAUCAGAUGUGGAAUCUUCAACCUCAAUCUCGACCGAAGCCGCUCCCAGCACGAUCUCUCAGGUCGCUACGUCCGCCGCGGCAUCUACCACCGCUCAUUCGACCGUUGUUCUCGUCACCACCGCAUCAAAGUCACAAAGCACCCAUAAAGCUUCGUCGACUGCCGAGUCUGCCGAGGGAGAAAAGAAAUCUUCAGGUAUCGGUAAAACCGCUUUGAUCGCUAUUAUCGUUGUCGCCUCCGUGGUCGGUGCGGCAGGUAUCGGUUGGACAUUGUUCAGAAAAUGGAAGUUGAGACCUUCGAACAGGUUCGGCAAGAGGAUGAACCCUAUUGACUUCUCGCCUAACAACGGUGAUAUGAACGAUGACUUCUUUGAGAAAACACUUCAACGAACCGCUUCCAAUUCAUCUGCGUCAAGACAACGAAGAGAAUUGGUUGCCGAGCUCGAUGAUCCUAACCAUGUCCCUGGUGUUCCCCCUCACGAUUUCACAGUUGGUACAGCCGGUGUUGGUGCUUAUGCAAUGUACAACCAAGAUCCUUAUGCCCACGCUGAACAAUACGAUUACGAGGCUGCAUACAACGAACAAGGUCAACCUCAACAUGGUUACGAUCAAUAUCAGUACCCUCCCCAAGCUGUCACACAAGAUCAUCAAGGUUAUGCAACUUACCAAGGUGCUCCUCUUACUCAAGAUGAUGCAGGUUACGCGGACUUGCAAAGAGGUAAUUCGAUCGGAAGUGGUUCAGGUCACGGACACGGACAUGUUCAAGCAAUGCACCAACAUGAUCAGCAAGGUGUUUACCCUGGUGAACUGUCUUUCCCCAAUGCAAGUGAAUAUGGUGCUUUGGGUAGACCUACUGGAGGUGCUGAUGGACCAUACGCCCAAGCUGCUCAAUAUAGAGGAUACUAA